AUCAACAGCAGUAGGACCAAAAUAUGUUAUUAAAUUUCUACAUUUCUUUUGAUGGAAUUUAACUGAAAUACGGGUACAUGGGAUUGUUAAUCUGUAAUUAAGUAUGUGGAACAACUAUUUUGCGAUUCUGACUGGAAUUCUAUUGUCAUUUUACUGUGGAUUUCGAUCUAGCAGUGCUCUACAAAUUGAUCGACAAUUUCCAUUGGGUACUAUCGGAUGUCUGUUUUCCAACGCUAUAUGUGAAACGGGCACUCCCUGCAUUGAUGAUCUACUGUUCGGAACCUGUGGUGGCGAUGAAGUUCCAGCCAGUUUCGCCUUUACUCUUAACACCCAUGACUUAACAAAAUUGCAAGAAGAAAUCGGCAAACUUGUCGCCAAGGGAUUAACUUGGCGGGAUGGGUAUACACAGUGUAUUGUACAGAACGUUAUUGUAUCUUUAUCCACACUGGAGCCCUUUAGUAAAAAGGUAUGCUACCCAUUGAUAUUCGACAUCACUGAUCCAACGAUUAAUGAAAUUACUAGCGCACUUGAUCAACUGUAUAAUGCACAGAACAGGCUUGAGAAUUUAGAACCAGUCUAUGAAUUGGAACAGGUUCCUUUGAUAGGAAAUUCUGAAAAGCGUGACGAAAUUGUUAAGGUACACAAAUAUUUCGAUAAAAAUGAGAAAAUUCAUAAAAGAUUUUGGGAUGAAAACAGUUAUAAUGUUGACCCUUUUACAUCAUAUAUGAACUAUCCACCCGACGAUACAUACCCAGACAGCUACACGCAAACUGCACCAAGUCUUGACCCCGGCUUGACAUACUGGGAAAAUACGGGGAUUCCUUACGAAGACCUGAAACUCGUGCAACAGUAUUUGGAAACAACGCGACAAAGAGAUCCGUACAAAUCAAAACUUUCCGAACUCUUCAACUUGGAGUAUGGAGGCUUCAAGCCAGUGGAUAGCUAUGUUUACGCUAAAAAUUAUGCAGAGCCAAACUAUGAAAUCAGGGAACCAGAAAUGAUGCCAGGCUAUGCUUGGACAAAUGAUGAUGAUAUCCACAAACAAAAACAAUCAGAAGCAGCCUAUGUUGACAAUAUCGAAGCAUUGUUAGUAGAUGAGGUUGAAAAUGAUCAGGAACAGAAUCGUCUUGAGGAUAUCUCGUUACCACCGGAAAUGGCUAAUACCCUUGACAAACUUAUACGUGGGGAGGUAAAUCCAGAAGAUCUCCCAGAUGAAGAGUUAAACUUCCUGACGCCAUAUGUCACCCAGAUGUUGACCCGCCUGAAUUCUGCUGAUGAGACAGAUCAGGGUUUGGGUGCUCCAGAGGCGGUCAAGGAAAAGGCUUUGGAGACUGAUAUGAUGCUUGGUGAUGAACCACGUCCAUUCGGGGUUGACGAGGAGGAGAUGAACGCCCCACCCACCAUCUACCGUGAUGACCCUGUGACAGAAGGUGGGGAGAAACUCUCUGAUGAGGAGAAGGCAAAACUGAACCAGGAAGCUUUACAGAGACAGUUUUUCCAGAAAAAGUCUUACAAAGGUGGUGAGAAUGGGUCUGCACAAAACGAUGACAUUGUGGACACCAACUUUGCCUUCAUCGAGAUGGACAAAGUAUUGGAUGAGAAGACAUCAGAAGCCCUUAUUAGGACCCUAACAAAGAUUGUGUCUGCCAAUCCAGGGACGCUGGACAACAACAUCCCCAUUGAUAACAAGCUGAAGAUUAACAUAGAUCCAGUUCUGGCGGGAGUCAAUGCAUCAGUCGUCGCCCAGUUGGCAAGCGACCACAAGAAAGAGCUAGAGGCUGCUACAGGACUCAAGUUUGUAAAGUCCGGCAUUGGCAGUCAGACGGAGGUUGAGUACAAGUCCCACGAUGAUCGCUACUUUGUGCUGACGUUCGUGCUGUGUGGCUGUAUUGCCGGGAUCCUGCUAGCGGUGGUCGUCGUGUACCUGAUCCGGCGCAAUUCCCGCUCCAAGGACAAACUCCAACAGAUCACGUCUACACAGGAGACCAACGAUGCAGCUUCCAAAGACUACCAGGACUUGUGUCGCCAGAGGAUGCAGAGUAAGUCGUCUGAGAAGCCAGAGCCACUGCAUACAGCAGCCUCACGCGUCGGCAGUGUGUCAGAGGCCCAGGUUCGCAGCCCGUCUAGUCGGAGCAGCACGUCCUCAUGGUCAGAGGAGCCAGUCAACUCCAACAUGGACAUCUCAACCGGUCACAUCGUCCUGUCUUACAUGGAGGAUCACCUGAAGAACCGGGACCGUCUUGACCGGGAAUGGGAGGCCAUGUGCGCUUACGAGGCUGACCCAUGCUCCGCCGCCGUGGCCAUGGAAACCACAAAUGCCAGGAAGAACAGAUAUGCUGAUGUACUGCCCUAUGACCAUUCUCGUGUUGUCCUGACGACCAACACCAACGUCUCUGGAUCAGACUACAUCAACGCUAGCACUAUUACUGACCAUGACCCACGCAACCCUGCAUACAUUGCUACCCAGGGGCCCCUUCCCCACACCGUGGCAGACUUCUGGCAGAUGGUCUGGGAGCAAGGCAGUGUGGUGAUUGUGAUGUUGACCAAGCUGACAGAGAACGGGGAGGCGAAAUGUCACCGCUACUGGCCGGAGGAGGGAAGCGACCUCUACCACAUAUACGAGGUCCACCUGGUGUCUGAGCACAUCUGGUGUGAGGAUUACCUGGUGAGGAGCUUCUACCUGAAGAAUCUGCAGACUGGGGAGACUCGCACAGUGACCCAGUUCCACUUCCUGACCUGGCCCGACCUCGGCAUCCCAUCCUCUAUCAAAGCUCUACUUGACUUCAGGAGAAAGGUGAACAAGUCCUACCGCGGGCGCUCAUGCCCAAUCCUCGUACACUGCAGCGAUGGAUGCGGCCGCACUGGCACCUACAGCCUGGUUGACAUGGUCCUCAAUCGCAUGGCCAAGGGAGCGAAGGAGAUCGACAUUGCGGCAACACUGGAGCACAUCCGAGACCAGCGCUGUAACAUGGUGAAAACUAAGGAGCAAUUCCAGUUUGCUCUUGCGGCUGUGGCAGAGGAGGUGCAUGCCAUCCUCAAGGCCCUCCCACAGUAAUCAUGUGACCUGAUCUUGUGACCUUUCUUCAGCCAAUCAGAGGCCUGCUUACAGUCAUGUGACUUGUAUCGACCAACAAUAUGGCUGGUUUAACAAUCAUGUGACUUGUAUCAACCAAUCAGAAAGAAAUCUCACAAAAAUGAUUGGCAGAAGAAAUGAAACGCAAAGGAAAGAUGGAAAAUACAUUUUACUCUUUAUUGUUAAAUGUUUGUGGAUAAAAAUUGUUCAAUAUUACUGGAUGUCUAUUUUAAGAAAAAAGAUAUUUACUUGUUAAUGUUGUGUUGUUAAUCAUGGUAUGAUUAAGUUAUUCAUCUUUCAUCAUUUUAAUCUAUAUGUUUGUUGAGAUAUAUAUUGUUGUUUUAUUAGUUUUAAAUGAUUUGAAAAGAAAUGGACUGAAGACAUCUACAACAUGUUUAUCCAAAAAGGCAAAACAAAGGAGCGUCUGAUGAUGGAAAAGUGAACAUCAAUACUUUUUUUUUUUUAAACUGCAUAAUAUAUUUGUAGAGGGUUAGAAACAUUUUCAUGAUCAGAUGUGCAAUAUUUUUCUACCUUUGAUUGACUUUAUAAAAACAUGUAGGUUUCGGGGUAUUUUAUCUGAGAUUAUCAUAUUGAUAUAACAUGAAUACAAGAAGAAAUCAGCAUUUUAUACAUUUAAGGUGACUUUGAAGAUGACCUUGCACUUGCGUAACAUCUUGUCAACAAGCGUCGGACUAGAUUAUAUUGUCAUUAUCUAUUUUAGAUAGAUGUUAACAAUUACCUUAGGAUAAAUAAGUUUAAAGGAAAUAAAUCAAAGAUGUGUUUUCUGCCGUCAUACAUUAGGUUGUUUUCCAUCUGCCCUCUCCUAUCAGCGCCACUACCUACCAUAUAUACUCCCAUUAUACAUUCCCGGCCAGUGCAAUGCAAUCACCUCCUCUUCGGGUUAUUGAAUGUUUUGUUCUUAUUAGCUAGUCCCUGUUUGCCUAGUAAAUGUGAUUCAUAUAGUUUCAAUGUUCAUAGGAAAUCUUACCCUGUUUUCACCAAGAUUUGGUGAAUUUUCGGCAACAAGUAAUGUAUUCAAAAAAGUACAUUUAUUAAUAAAGUUGAGAUAUUGUCCUCUUAUAAAUUGAAAUAUUAGAGAUAUUAUUUAAUGUAUAAAUAAGCAAAAAUCACAUUAUAAUGUAAGCUUUAUACUUUCAAAAAUGUUCUUGGUACAGAAUGAGGGAAUAUCAAAGGUUGUGAUAAAAAAAUAGUCAGGGCUUGUACCUUGCACUUUCAGGCACCUUAUGUCUAACUGUGGCUUUAAUUGUUCCCUGUGUAUCCGAAAGUAAAUGCCAUUACUACUUCAAGAAGUUGACAUGAAUGUCUGUUUAUGAAAGCCGUUUUAUGUGUCAAGUUUUGAUGUUUUCAUUUACAAAGUCUUGCUAAGAAACACGAUUAUCAAAUAAAGUUAUUCAACUGCAGCUUACAUAUUCUAGAACUAGAUGACUUAAAAAAAAAAAACAUAAUUAUUUUAUUGAAACACUGAACUAAAAGGCAAUGCACAGCAAUAAUGAUAUACACCAAUUUAUAUUCAUACAAAAAAUUGUAAAAUAUUUUGCUCGGUAAUUUGGCUUUAAAUGCUAGGAACAAAAUUGGUUUUAUAUUUUUAAUCGACCAUGUGUUAUUGUUAGGGCAAACUUGUUAAAUGGUUCCCUGUUUUUGUUAUAUAAGAGGAGUUGUAAAACGCUACUUGCAUUGCAUAGGUUACUACCCUGUACUAGUAAAAUUGCGGUUAGACUUUAAGAUUGCUUGCCAUUUUCUCCUUGUAUAUGUGAAGGCUCUAUGUUACAAAUAUGCCUUCCUCAUGCCACUAUGGUGUAUUACCGAUCAUUGCCAAUAUGUCCAGUUUCAAUAUGCUUCAUGUAGACCCACAUGACCACACUCAAACCUGUGUGAUGUAGAUCUCUCAUUUAACAUGCCUUUGAUAUGACAAAUAUGGAUGACAGAUCUCUCAUUUUACAUCUGUCCUCGAUAUGACAUACCUGGAUCACAGAUCACUAGUUUUACAUCUGCCCUCGAUAUGACAUACCUGGAUGGCGUAGAUCACUCAUCUUACAUCUGCCCGUGAUGUGGCAUACCUGGAUGGCGUAGAUCACUCAUCUUACUUUUGCCCUUGAUAUGGCAUAGCUAGAUGGCGUAGGUCACUCAUUUAACAACUGCCCUCGAUAUGGCAUACCUUGAUGACGUAAAUCACUCAUUAAACAACUGCCUUCGAUAAUGCAUACCUGGAUGGCGUAGAUCACUCAUUUCACAUCUGCCCUCAAUAUGACGUACCUGGAUGGCGUAGAUCACUCAUUUUACAUCUGCCUUCGAUAAUGCAUACCUGGAUGGCGUAGAUCACUCAUUUUACAUCUGCUCUCAAUAUGCCAUACCUGGAUGGCGUAGAUAACUCCUUUUACAUCUGCCCUCAAUAUGCCAUACCUGGAUGGCGUAGAUCACUCAUUUUACAUCUGCCCUCGAUAUAGCAUUGCUGGAUGGUGUAGAUCAUUCAUUUAACAUCUGCCCUCAAUAUGACAUACCUGGAUGGCGUAGAUCACUCGUUUUACAUCUGCCCUCAAUAUGACAUACCUGGAUGGCGUAGAUCACUCGUUUUACAUCUGCCCUCAAUAUGACAUACCUGGAUGGCGUAGAUCACUCAUCUUACAUCUGCCCGUGAUGUGGCAUACCUGGAUGACAGAUCUCCCAUUUUAUGUCUAACCUUUAUAUGGCAUAUCUUCAUGGCGUAGUAAUCCGAAAGUAGAUCACAUGUACAUGUACGAGUAACGUUUUGCAACCUCUCUAUCAGUCUAUCUAUGUCUUUCUUGUUAUAUUUCUUUGUUAAAGUUUAUUGGAAGUGAAAAGUUUGAUUGGUUAGAAUGUAGAUGACAUUAAAUCUUCUACGUUUUAGAUGAACGUAUACAAUAAUCUGUACGCUAAAUCAAAGAAUUGAAUACAGAUAUUUAUAUUUGUUUAUGAUAUACAUUGUUUACCUAUAUUUGUACAUUCCAAAACCCACCGCCUACAUUGACAUGCUUGCAAUCAAAAUUUAUUUUUCUUUCAUUUUUCUUCAAUCAAACAAAACUGUUUUACGCGCUUAAAUCAUAUAUAUUUUUUACCCAAUAAAGUGUAAAAAAAAUACCACAGUUGAACAUAGCUACCAACUUCAUCUUUUUAGAUUGUUAAUAUUUGAAGGACAUGGUUCUUACUGUUUUACUUAGUUUUACAUAAUAAUCAUUAUGUUUUGUGAAUACAUGUGUUAGUAUCAUUAUUCCAUCUGUAUGUUUGUUGUUAAAUUGAUUUUUCCCUAAAAGUUACACAAAAAUAUUGAGUGAAGAAUGAAAACAAAGAAGAAUGAAUGAUACAUUGGAAAGACUUUUAAAGACACCUUGGAAGAAUUUCAGUGAAUUCCAUCCGUGCAAACUACUUUUAAAUUUUACUUGAUUCUACCAGUAUUUAUUAAAUUUUAUGGUUUUAGAUUCUACCUUGUUAAUUUGAGACGAAUAAAGUAAUAUUUGGGCAAUUA